UCAUGAAACAAAGCCCCAGGGACCUCCAGGGGAAUGGUGCCUGCCCUGUGCCACUUGGCAUGAUGCAAGCUCAUUUUUUUCUCACUUCUCAAAACAGCAUUUGCGGUGUCCUCUGGGAGCAGCCGUUCAGGGCAGAGUUGUUCUGCAUCCACCAAGAAGUCAAGAGACCUGUGUGCAGUGCCUCCGGCUCUCUCCUCCGCACCAUGAAAGCACCUGUCAUCCUCUACGUCCUCUUGGCUUUCCUACACCAAGGCAGCUCUCUCCAGUGUGAAGUUUGUGAAGCAAUAGGGGACAGCUGUUCUGGCCCCAUGGAGACCUGCGAUCCUGGCGAAGAUACCUGUGGUAUUAUCAAAAGUGAAAUGAUACUAGGUGGAGUGAAGGUGGUGACUUACGCAAAGUCCUGUCUCAGCUCUGAUGUGUGUCCCAAUAUCCAUUUUAGUAUGGACUUUGGGAAAGGAAUAAGAAAUAGAAACAGUAUCGCCUGCUGCACCGGGGAGGCCUGUCAAACUGCUUCUGUCCAACUGCCACCACUGAACACCACUCCCAAUGGCUUGCAGUGUCCAGCAUGCUUCAGCAUUGGAUCUUCUGACUGUGACACUGAGAUUGCAUAUUGUACUGGGUCGGAGACCUACUGCUUUGAUUUCGCUGGGUCAUUUAGCAUGGGGGAAGUCACUUUGAACACCGCAGUAAAAGGCUGUAUUGCUCUGUCUGAGUGCACACGUCCAGAAGUACUGAUGAAGGCAGGCCAAGGCUUCUCCAUGGAUUUCACCCAGUUUGAAUGCAAACCAGCCUCUCCUGCAGCCAGCAAGUCUUCUGGAUGGACCCUUCUAACCAUGCCCUGCUUUCCCAUCAUGGCCGGGUUCAUCUUGAUCAAGACCAUGGCCUGAUGUUCCCAAGGGCCAAGAAAUGCAAAGUCUGAUGAUGCAAAACAUAAUGCUACAUAAUACUCUGCCUCCUUGCUUGUGUGUGACUCUUUCUGCUACGGCUUCUGUCCUCGGGUGGUUCUUUCCCUCUGGGUCUGCAUGCAUACCGAUGUGAACGAGAAAACUCACAACAUUUCACCCUACUGAAUUCCCAUUUAUUACAAUCUAGGGUAGAGUUAUUCCAGGAAAAAUCAGAGGUAAAACUUGUGUUCUCUCUUGAACUUGAUAUGCUUACAUUGGUGUAUGGAAGUCAUGAAGCGAAACCAGCAUUAAUGAGUCAUGUCCAGCUCAGCAUCUUGCAUGUGGUUAAUUUAUCAGGGUUUGUGAUGUAUUGUGUGGCUGUUUAUCCCAGGCUGGGAGGUAGGGACACACUGCUUAAUAGCACUGCACAGCGCAGACAGCAGGAAGAGGAGAUCCUGAGAGAGCUCUAGUUUCAGUCUGCACAAAACAGCCUCAAAAGGAUCCCUUUCAGUUUACUUUACGAGAUGCAGUUGGGUGCUAAAAGGACUGGGAACAAACCCUGUGAGGUUCCUUCUUAAAAAAUGUAUAGAGAAGUACGGCUGAAGAUGACCUCUAGUCCAACCCUGUGGUUUAGGCAGGAUAAGCCUUAUCUAAAAUACCCCAGACAGGUAGGUGCUUGCCUAAUCUGCUCUUGAAAACUUUGCAGGAAGCAGAUCCCACAACCCCUGUAGCAUUAUGUUUCCCAAAGCUUCACCACUCUCCUUUUCAGAAAGUUCUUCCUCAUCGUCAGCCUCAAUUUCCCUUGCUGCAAUUUGAGGCCUUUCUUCCUUGGACUAUCCAAGAAAGAACAGUAUAUAGCCAUCUUCCUCAUAGCUACGAUUCAGGUAUUUGCAAAUGUUAUCAAA